AUGUUAAAACAGCAACAUAAGGACAUACCUAUUUUUAAUCCAGAAAGCGCUCAAUUAAGUACAUACAUUAAUAAUGUGGCAAAAUGGAAAUAUGAAUAUCAGAAUAUAGAUGAUGAUGAUUUAGAGUCAGUCAAUGAUAGUAAUAUUGAUGAUGAUGAUCUAGAAUCGGUCGAUGGUAGUAAUGUCAAUGAUGAUAAUGCACGAGAUGAUAAUAACAUGUACUCCAAUGAGUCAGACCGCGAGAUUUCCAGUAUGGAGAAUGAUUAA